AUGGAUAACACGGGCGACUGGUUUAAGUACAUUCCUGAAGAGGAGAAGAGUAGCUUCUCACGUUUCAAGGGGUGGUUGGAUCCAGAGGACCUGAUGGUCCUGGAAUGGAUGCUGGAUGAACUUGCGGGGAAGGAACAGGUUUCCGACGAAGACAUCGAGAAGUUCGUCAACAUGCGCGUCUGUGGCUGGAAGGGCUCUUCGUAUUUCGAAGAGGUUUCGGACGACGAAAUUCGAAUACGGAACUUUGGUGAAGUUGAGUAG